UUAGCCUUUGAACUGUGACCUGCGACUGAAAAUAACCUCUUCAGCUGAUCGGGCUGGAUGAUCGAGCAGGGAGGGGGCUGCGGUAACUGGGUUCUUGUGGUCUUUUCUUUUUGUUUUCAGCUGGAGUCGAACCACUGUUCUAAGAGAAUCAAGCCGUAAGCGAUGACGCGGAUUCCCUAAACCUUUCGCUGUCUUUCUGCUCGCGUUGUGGCUUCAGCCCGAUGGGUACGACGGUGUAAACAACAGGCUCACCCUUCUCGUAUCCAAGAGAUUGAUUAGGGGUCGUACGGAUGCUCGUUGUGAACUCGGUGUACUCUGAUUGCUUCUGACCCGACGUUUUCCCGUCCACUCGUUUGGUGGUUUUUAGGCUGACCGACCCAAGCUCUUAACGGCUUUCACUGCAGGCGUUUUGUGUUGUUUUGAGAUAAAAUGAGCAAAGCUUGGAGUGAACCUGAAGGAUUGGGGAUGUGCGAACUCGGAGCCUGACUUUGACGUGUCAGGUGUGUUAUUACCUUGAACGAUUGACUUUGCAGAUUAUUUUGAUGUUUUUCGAGUAUGGGCAGAGGCUCCAAACGUAUAUCUUAAGCCCUUGGGCAGGGCACUGCCAACACGGCAACCGGCCAUCGUUGCCUUUACGAUCUGAACAUUUUGCCUUUGGUUCUUGAUGUUGAAUCGUCCUCAACAGUCCUAAGCGUCCUUUGUUUGUCAAGGUUCAUGGUGACUUAAGGCAACUAGUGACGUGUUUUAUUAAACUGUGCCACUUGGAAGGCCAUUUUAACCUGUAUGUUUGUAAUAGGUAUUUUAUUUACACUUGAAAUGAAGUAAAACAAUGUAAAGCGUCUUACUCUAGUUACCUUUGUUAUAUUUCUCACCUGUGAUCACGAUCAGACAGUAUAUUAAUAAGCUAUUUAGUCAACAGUAUUUUUGACUGUCAGGCAAUGAGUGUGUCAUCAGGGUCACUGGAGCCAGAUGAAAGCACAAAACUUAUGUGCCAAGAGAGCUAUGCCUGUGGUGGCUCCACUGAAGCCCAUUUUGAGUGUGAUGAGUGUAAAAGCUUGCAGUGUGAUCGCUGUGAGCUGGAGCUUCACCGACAGGAGCGCCUGAGAAACCAUGAGAGGAUCCGGAUCAGUCCUGGGCAUGUGCCCUACUGUGAUGCAUGCAAAGUUGUUGAAGGGGGUUUGAGAGCCAGCGAAAGGCAGCGGGCAGUUGUUCGGUGCCAGGGUUGCAAGAUCAACUUGUGUGCUGAGUGCCAAAGGCGAAGUCACAGCAGUACCAACAAAAGAAAGCAUCCUCUUAGUGCCUAUCCCCCUUGUAGAGCCCUGCCGGCUGGGGCCAUGCAGGAUCAGGGUGCGGCAGAGAAGAAAAAGUUACUGGAAAGGAUCUGCAGUUUCCUUUUGGUGAAUGAAAAUGAAGAGAUUCAGGUGCAAGGUGAGGAAGACUUUGUAAAAAAGCUAGAUUGUCACUCCGAAGAUCUCUUGAAAGUAGUGUCAAUCUUUGGCAAUACAGGGGAAGGCAAAUCCCACACGCUGAAUCAUACCUUCUUUCAGGGACGGGAGGUUUUUCAGACCUCACCAGCACAGGAAUCCUGUACUGUUGGGGUUUGGGCGGCUCUGGACCCAUUGCAUGGAGUUGUAGUGAUGGACACAGAAGGCCUUCUAGGAGCAAGUGCUAACAUGGGACAGCGUACUCGGCUACUGUUGAAGGUUCUUGCCGUUUCAGAUGUUGUAAUCUACCGCACACAUGCUGACCGUCUCCAUGAUGAUCUCUUCAAAUUCCUCAGUGAUGCCUCAGAUGCUUAUCUGAAACACUUUACUAAGGAGCUGAAAGCUACCACAGCUCGAUGUGGCCUGGAUGUACCCCUGUCCACACUAGGACCCACCGUCAUAAUCUUCCAUGAAACUAUCCACACAAAGUUAUUGGGAUCGGACAAGCCCGCAGACUCUCCAGAACGGCUGCUGCAGGAACGCUUUCGGAAGCUUGGUCGCUUUCCUGAGGCUUUCAGCUCCAUUCAGUACAGGGGCACCCGCACCUACAAUCCUCCAACUGACUUCUCCGGUUUGCUGCUCACUCUGGAGCAGCAGCUUAGCAAUAACAGCACCCGCUCACCACGUUCCCCUCGUGUCAUCUAUAAGGCUUUGCAGGCUCUCAGUGAGCGCUUCAGUGGGGAGAUACCUGAUGAACAAGUGGCCCAUAGCUCAUUCUUCCCAGAUGAGUACUUCACUUGCUCCUCCAUUUGCCUCAGCUGUGGGUCUGGCUGCAAGAACAGUAUGAACCACUUGAAAGAAGGUGUGAGCCAUGAAACCCAGAAUCGCUGUCGCUACUCUGCUCAGUAUGACAAUCGAGUGUUUACCUGCAAGUCCUGCUAUGAAGGUGGAAAAGAAGUCAUUGUUAUUCCAAAGACCUCUGCAUCAUCUGACUCUCCUUGGCUUGGUCUGGCUAGAUACGCCUGGUCAGGCUACGUGAUUGAGUGUCCAAACUGUGGGGUGAUCUACAGGAGUAGACAGUAUUGGUAUGGGAAUCAGGAUCCUGUGGACACGGUUGUUCGCACAGAAAUUGAGCACAUUUGGCCUGGGUCUGAUGGCCUCCUGAAGGAUAACAAUAAUGCUGCUCAGAGGCUGUUGGAUGGAGUGAACUUCAUGGCGCAGUCUGUUUCUGAGCUGAGUGUCAAACCUGCGAAAGUCGUGACCUCAUGGCUUACGGAUCAGAUUGCCCCAGCAUACUGGAAACCUAAUUCUCAAAUACAGAAAUGUCACCAGUGUGGCACUGCUUUCCAGGACAAUGAUGCAAAACAUCAUUGCCGGGCCUGUGGCGAGGGCUUCUGUGAUAGCUGCUCAAUGAAAUCCCGCCCUGUCCCUGAAAGGGGGUGGGGAUUGGUUCCCGUGCGAGUUUGUGACCGGUGUUUUGAAACGCGGGGCAUCUACACAGAGACUCAAGAAACUGAUAUUUUGGAAGAAGAAAGCGGUACGCUGAUUGCCCGUAAAGUUGGAGAAGCAGUCCAGAACACACUGGGUGCUGUUGUAACAGCCAUAGAUAUCCCAUUAGGUUUGGUAAAAGAUGCAGCAAGGCCUUCCUACUGGAUACCAGAUCACGAGAUUACCCAUUGCCAUUACUGCCAUCGUGAGUUCACUCCCAAGAUAUCCAUACAUCACUGUAGAGCCUGUGGACAAGGUGUGUGCAAUGAGUGCUCCCCUGAACGGAGGCCAGUCCCUUCCAGAGGCUGGGACCACCCUGUUCGAGUGUGUCUGAAUUGUAGCCAGAAGCCUGGAGACCUCUAGCACCUCCUAGAAUAUAAAAGUGUGAAGUGAAUCGUUCCCGUCAUAGACUGUUGAUCAAGGCCUAUCUGUCCUGAUUUGCACUGGAAGACUAGUCUUAGUGUGGAUAUGCUCGUUCAUGUGUACACACUCUUGGUAACAUCAUGUGUGUCCCUUCUUUUCAAGUUACUGUUAUCUUUUAGUUUGAAUUUAUUAUUUUACAUUCAGAACACAACGAGCCAGAUUUUUAUCUAAAUGAGGACAAUAUAUAUAUAUUUUUUUUAAUUUUAUUUCACUUGGCUGUUGUUUCUUUAAUCCUGUAUGGUAAUGAAAAUAGUCCUAAUUGAAAUGAAGUCAUACUCGCUGCCACCCUAGGAAGCAAACAUAAAAACACAUUUAUGGACUGUUUUCUUAAAUAUAGGAGCCAAACUUUUUUGAUCUUGUGAUUUUUGACUUGUUUUAGUACUUAUGAAAAAUAGUACAUUUUCUCAGGAUAAAUAAAAUCUGUCACUGAUGGAGCUCAGGAGUCAUCCAUUGGUGACAUUCUGAUUGUGGGGCAGGUUUGAAAUAACUCUGACUUUGUGCACUUUUAUUAUGAGCUGUAUCACGACGUUAUCCCAACCUUCAUACACUAAGCACAGUUUACCCUUGUGUUCAUUUUUCUUAAUUCAUUUGGGGUAAAAAAAAAAAAAAAAAAAAGGUGUUUCACAUAUGUAAUCUAAAUUUGCCAAACCCCUUGGAAAGAGUUGGAAAUGGAAUGCUACAUUACUGGGCUUGAGCUGUGGAGCCGUUCACUAAAUUUGUUUCUGUACCAAGAAAAAUGAUUUGGGAUCACACUCACUUUGAAAAGCAUGUGGGUUGGUUUCCGCUAAAGUAAUUAAACUGUAAUCCUCCCACGCUGGCUGCCUAACACAAAAUGAUUUCAAUUCAAUUUCAGUUUGUUGUUCAUUGGUUCACUGCUAUUUACAAAGCCAAAUUUACAAAAGUAGCGUAGUUAAAACAUUUAGGCACCAUGUACUGCGUACAUAGAAGUAUUCAUACCUGUAAAGCUGGAGUCUCUUCCAAUUUCUCUUACCUGAAAAAUAAAUAAAUGAACAUUGUAACAAC